AUGGGUCAUGAGUUAGAAACAGAAACAGUUACACGGAACAGACCGUCAGCUGCCAGAGGGAGAUUUUUGAAGACUUCCAGGUCCUUACUAAGUUCUCAGGUCCCUGCUGGCACAGGGUUUUCUCUUAAUUUGUUACCCAAGAAUACACCAAAUGUCACAUCCUUACACCAGUGUAGAAUACUUCAUACCACAUUGUCAAGGAAAGGACUGGAAGAAUUUUUUGAUGACCCAAAGAAUUGGGGGGAAGAAAAAGUAAAAUCUGGAGCCGCAUGGACCUGUCAGCAAUUAAGACACAAAAGUAAUGAAGAUUUACAUAAACUUUGGUAUGUCCUACUGAAAGAAAGAAAUAUGCUUCUGACCCUACAGCAGGAGGUCAAACGGCAGAUAUUACCAAUGCCAAGUCCAGAGUGGUUAGAAAAGAUAGUAGGGUCCAUGGACGUUAAAGUCAUCCAGGAACGAGAAGAUGCCCUAAGACUUCUUCAGACAGGUCAAGAAAAAGCUAGACCUGGUGCUUGGAGAAAAGACAUCUUUGGAAGAAUCAUCUGGCACAAGUUCAAGCAGUGGCCUCUAUCUUGGCACCUAAAUAAGAGAUACAAUAGGAAACGAUUCUUUGCGAUGCCCUAUGUGGACCAUUUUGACAGAGUGAGACAUGAGAAACAAGCCCAUAUCCAAGCAAGGAAGAAAAAUUUAGAGAAAAAGCAAGCAAAACUUCUUCAGGAAAAGUUUCCACAUCUUUCUGAAGCCCAGAAGUCAAGUCUUGUCUAA